AUGUCACAGUAUCAGUCUAGUAGGACUGCAGCUUUACAAAGAAAACUCAUGGAAAAAGUAGAGUGGAGCAAUCAAGCAUUCAUCACAGAAUUCAUGCUGUUGGGAUUCGGGAAUCUCCCAGAACUGCAGACCCCUCUCUUCCUGCUGUUCCUAGUGAUCUAUACUGUGACCAUGGCCGGAAACAUCCUCACUCUUGUGAUAGUUGUGGCUGAUCAGAACCUUCACACCCCCAUGUUAACAUUCUGUGGCCCCAACAAAAUUGACCAUUUCUUUUGUGAUUUUGCCCCAAUGCUCAAAGUCUCCUGCAGUGACACCAGCCUGAUUGAACUGGUGGACCUAAUCCUGUCAUUUGCAAUUAUACUUCCUACAUUCCUGUUAACCAUGAUGUGCUAUGUUUGUAACAUUGCCACCAUCCUGAGAAUCCCCUCCACCACCGGAAGGCAAACGGCCUUUUCCACCUGUUCCUCCCACCUCAUCAUAGUUGUUACUUUCUAUGGACCACUCAUCAUUAGUUACAUGAUAUCAACUGCUGGCACUGCAGGAGACCUGCACAAAGUGUUGUCUGUCUUCUAUACUGUCCUGACACCCUUGGUCAAUCCUCUCAUCUACAGCCUGAGAAACAAGAUGGUCAAAGAGGCAUUGAAGAAAGUUGGAGGCAAACUGGCUGCUUUCAUGAGGAGUUGA